AUGGUGUUCGAACGAAAAAUGCUGACCUACGGCGACCCCGAAGAUGAGGAGGAAGAGGAAGAAGAAGCAGACUUGGUGGACCCCUUAGAAACAAUCCGUGCCAAGUGUGAGGAGACUGAACACUGCGUGCACUACAAGGAGCGUCUAGAGCUGUGCGAGACCCGUGUCAACUCCAAAUCCAACACGACAGAAGAGUGCACAGAAGAGCUUUUUGACUUUCUGCAUGCGCGUGACCACUGUGUAUCACACAAGCUGUUCCACAACGUGAAAUGA